AGUAAUGAAUACAUCGUUCAAUUCUUAGAAUACACAUUUUUCCACAACACUUGUGCUUAUAAAAAGCUAACCGACAGACCUAUCAGCGUAUUCAGUUGCCGGCGAAGACUUAUACCGAAUACAUCACUGUCAGGAUGUUACCGAAGAAAGUACUUUUCAUUUUGUUAGUUUGCUACUGUGCAGCCUCUCCAUCAUCAUCGGAGUCAAUGUACACACGAGUAUGGCAGAUCUCACCUAGUAAUACAACAUUCCUUCAUCAAGGAACGUUAUUUGCCACUGACGCUUACACUUAUCCAAUGGGCGAAUGUAAAAUAACCGAUUCUAAAACUGAAAGAGUGUGCGAUAUUACAUUGGUGACGCCAGGACGUAAAGAUCGCGUCUGCAAGGCUAUUAAAAUAUUUGCAGACAAAGGAAAGGAAUUGUUUUUCAAUGGAUUCUUCCAAAUUACACCAUUUACUAGAAAUUAUGUUGCUGUUGGUUGGUAUGACGUGGCAAUGAAUCCAAAUGCUGAGCCCAAUCUGAGCAACAGUUUGAAAAUCACCAUACUAAACAUGAACACAUGCUCAAACGCACACUUUAGUUUUGAUGUCCCCAAAGCGGCCUACGGUUUUUUCCCAGCUAUUGUGUACUACGACAAUCAAGUUGACUUUGUGCUCAACAGUAAAAAAUCUUGCAACGGUGAAACCAAAUGUAAACUCACGUUCGACCUGAAUGGUAAACAAAUUGGUGGAGUUAAAUCAUACCAUGCCGAUGUUUCGCAGUACGCAAGUGCAGUUUCGGAAAAAGACCCUAGUCAAGGAUUUUUCGUACACUCACAAGAUCUGAAGAGUCUUACGGUUUUACUUAUUGAUAAAGAAGGACAAAAAAAACAAUUGUCAGAGUUGAAUUUUGAACCAGAAGCAUCCGAAAAAGAUAGACUUCUUGCUUUCUCGAACGCUCAUAAACUUUAUUCCAUCUGCAGGAUGCACAAAGCGGACUCGAAACCCACAUCCAUCAAUUGCGUUCAGUACGAUGGGAAUGGUCAGGUAACAGCAAACGCAAGCAUCUCAUUGGAAAAAAGUGUAAACUGGCUUGCGGUCCGUAGUAUUUAUAAAGGAGGAAUACUGAUAGCUACAUCAGGAUCUGAUGAUGAGAAAUUGAAAAAUUUCCAUAUUUAUAAAAUCCACGGUAACGAAGCAUCAAGGAAACCCAUUGAUUUGGAAGGCCCAGGCUACAACUGCAAAGACAAGGAUGAUGGCUUGGAAAUUCGUAUUACCGAAGCUGAUAAGGAUAAAAUUUGCUUCGAUUUCUCAUGUGUGCAGGGAACCACUGAUUUAAGGUUCUAUAGAAAGUGCGUAUCAAGUGAUGACUUAACUAUAAAUAUGAUUCAUCCCUAAUUUUAUUGCAUCAACUGAUAGUAAGAUUUAUUAUGUAUAUGAUAGUUGAAUGUUGAAAGUUGCGUGAAAGUAAAUUAUUUCGAGAUAAUUUAUUCCUUUUUUUUAAAAAAAUCUAAUACUAUAACUAUGUUGAUGUCGUGGUAACACUAAAUCCAUUCAGUAGAUUUUGAAACAAUUGUGUGAGCCUGACAGUUGUGACUAAUCUUCAGUAAAUAAAAAUUGGGGCGCUCUCGCGGUAAAAAAUUUUCUUGCAAGUCAUAAGCCAUUAAUUUUCCACCGUUUACUCUCUCUAUCUAUCUGUCUCUCUCUCUCUCUCUCUCUCUUUCUGAUGGUCUUGGUUGGUCUUGAACAGAAAUGAUGCAUUGGCGUUACACGCUAAUUUAAUGAAACCGAUCAGCGAAUAGUGCCAUGUAAGAUCAUUAUUUCUUUUCUGGGCGUGGACAUCAUGAAUAAGUUAUAUACCGCAUAUGAAACUGCAACAAAAUCCUAUGAAAAUGGAUCAAUUAAAAUGCUAAUAGUCGUGUAAUAUUCUAGAAAUAAAAGGAUCAGAGAAUUUGUCACGCUGUAACUAUGUAAACGACAAAAGUUUCGACGAUUCGACUACAUAAACAAUGUCUGAUUCUCAUAUCUUGAGUUUGACAUAAUUUCAUAAUAGUAACACCCAAUGUUACUUUUCAACAUUUUGUCUACCUUUUGAAAUAAUAGACAAAUAAAAAGAAAUUUGACGCACGAGUGCAGAUAGUUGGCAGUGAUAAAAAAAGCUGCGAGUGCCGAGUGCGUUCUGGCAGUUUUUCUCGGUUAUUAAGAAACCAUCAAUCUUGCUCUUCCGGGUACGAUCCAAUCGAUGCUCCUUUCACGCUCCUUCUUAACCUGUCCACUUCUGAUCAUUCAGUAUCUGUUAUCUAUCAAAAUUGAUAUCUAUGUCAAUUGUCAACAUACUAAGUUAUAUUUAUCAAGACAACCUACAAAUUAGUUUAUAAUUUAAUUUUUAUCUUAUUUCCACGUAUUUUCCAAAUUAAAUGCUAGAACAGUUUUGUUUUCUCUUUUUGUUUCGCACUUUAUCUUUGUCUCAUUCCCAUUUCUCUACAUAUGCCUGCGCGCAAAAAAAAAAAAUACAGGCCGUAUCUCCGAGGGCACACUUUGCACUCAACGUACCGCCUCUCACCUUCGUGUAUAGCCCCCCCCCCCCCUCUCUGUCUCUCUCACCUCUGCAAGCAUUAUGUACGAGGCAUAUAGAUGCAUUGUCGGAAGUGGCGUUCGGCGUCGCUUUUGAUCAUCGCCGACGUCUCUCGCGCGAGCGCAACCGCAGCACAAGUGGGGAAAAAGAAAAUGACGAUGGAGUAAGGUAGUGGGAAAAAGAAGAAAUAAUAACAAGUAACAAGAAAAAAAGGUAUAGAAGAGUCAAGUCAAGAGGGGGGCAAAGGAAAGGUCAGAGUUCCGAUUGUUUCUCUUCUUUUGCUCGUGUAUUAUCGGUGUCUUACUCUUUCGCUCGAAGUACACUUGUAAAUUCACGUGCACAUGGCUUUUGUGUGUCUGUUGGAUCAAGUAUGAAGAUAUUGAAGAGUUGAUCGUGAGCCGAUAACAGAAUAGUUGAUCACUCUUGCGAGAAAGGCCGGUUAUAGCAAUGUUAUUGCUUAUGCGUGGAUAACGUGAAAAAUUGUAACGUCAUUAUCUGGUUGGAGGAUACGAAAUCGUUCGUGUUCUGUAUAUAUAUGUACACGCACUAUCGAACCGUUUAUUUUUUUUGUAUGCUUGUAAAAAAAUCUUUUCCAUACAUAAGCAAUAUUGGUUUUUGCUUAUGCCAUCAAUCGCUUGGAUAUAAAGAAAAAAUUCAUUAUAUACAUAACGUUAUUUUCGAUAAAAUCUCGCAGGUAACACUUGCAAAUAAUGGGACUAUUCACCUGUGAUUCGUUUUAAAUAAAUAUAUAUUUAAGCGAAUAUUCCAAUCGCUUUGAUUAAGAUAAAAA